CCGCUGAAGAUGCUGCGAGCUUCAGCCCACAGCCCUGCAAGUGACAGUGUCCGGCCCCCGUUCCGAGCUUUCGCUGUGUCAAACUCUGUUGCGUCCGGCGAAUAGCGAUCAUGUAUUGACUCUCUUGACUUUCAAAGGGAUGGAGAAAAGCACCAAAGGUGGGAUGGAAUUGGGCUGCCGGCUAGUCCACUGCCUACUUUACACCGAUUGUUCUCCAUCUCGCUGUUAUAUUAAACGACGCCCGAAGUUCGCAUGUGGACUGCAGACCAUAGCACCCCGUCUCCCCUCCUCCGGUUCUCCAAAUCUCUUGGUUUUCUGUGUCUUCUUCAAAUCUUUGUUUCUCUUUUCACGCCUCUUUCACUAUGACUUCAGGCAGCGUAACGAACGGCUACACAAAUGGUGUUGCUAACGGCCAUGCCAAACCACGUACACCUCUUCGGCCCGGCAUCUACUCGCCCACGAUGACCUUUUUUAACCCAGAGACCGAAGAAGUUGACCUCCCGACAGUCCGGAAACAUGCGGUGAGGCUUGCUGAAGCGGGCCUUGUUGGGCUCGUUACCAUGGGAUCCAACGGAGAGGCAGUGCAUCUGUCUCGGGCUGAGAAGGCCGCCAUCACGCGAGCAACGCGUGAGGCUUUGGAUGAGGCUGGAUACCAUGACGUGCCUGUCAUUGUAGGGGCAUCCGAGCAAGGCAUUAAGCUCACUAUCGAACUCUGCAAGGAGUCCGCCGCUGCUGGCGGAGAGUACGUGCUUAUCGUACCCCCAAGCUACUACCGCUACGCUAUGGAUGAGGAAGCCCUCUACGAGUAUUUCACAAGUGUUGCGGAUGGGUCACCGCUUCCUAUCAUCCUGUACAAUUACCCCGGGGCUGUUGCGGGCAUAGAUAUGGACAGCGACCUCAUCAUAAAGCUUGCCAAGCACCCCAACAUCGUCGGGACCAAAUUCACUUGCGGUAAUACCGGAAAGCUUACCCGAGUUGCUCUCGCUACGAAUGCUGUCACUACCAAGACCCAAGGCAGUGGGUAUAUGGCCUUCGGUGGUAUGGCUGACUUCACUGCCCAAACAGCAGCCAGUGGUGGUUCUGGGAUCAUUGCCGGGGGUGCCAAUGUCGUCCCGAAGACCUGUGUCAAGGUGUGGAAUCUGUGGGCGGAGGGAAGGUACGAUGCAGCCCUAGAACUACAGAGGACCCUCAGCAAGGGCGACUGGGUCCUUACCAAAGCCGCGAUCCCGGGAACGAAGUCGGCCAUCCAGUCAUAUUACGGCUAUGGCGGCUACCCUCGUCGGCCACUUAAGCGACUGAGCCAAGAGAGGGUUGAAGCCGUCGCGAAAGGAAUUAAAGAGGUCAUGGAUGUGGAGAAAAACUUAUGAUAACACUCGAGCAUUGUCUUAACUCUGCGUAUUGCUCCAACACUCCUUACCGAGCAAGUCUUUGUUAUGAAAAUACCUGAGAAGAUUAUGUUGUUUUCAUUUAUCACGCAUGUCAUCUGCAUUC